AUGCUCGACAGGCCGCUCUCGACCGACGACAUGGCCGCAUUGGCUGCCCGAGCGACCACGGCGCUCGCGUCCAUCAGCAAGCCGAGGCGCCACGGGCGGCGCCGUGCCCAUGGCGGCGGAAAGAAGAUGGCCGUUGGCGUCAUGCCCAUGUGCGAGGAAAUGGAGGACGGCGGCAAGGUCGACGUCUUCUUCAACGAGAAGCUUGCAGCCGCGUGA